UGGGAGAACGUGACAACGAUUACUCCCUGCCGGCUAGUAAGAUAGGCUACCCCCACGAAAUGUCCUCUAAUGUGAGUUGAAGAGUGCAAAGACUUGUCCAAAAGGUCAUUGUAUUCUUGCAGACAAGAUGCCGUUGAAUCUGCCUAUUGUAGAACUUGUAUUGGAUCGUGGGGAUAUAGGCCUGGGGUUUAACAUUCGUGGUGGUAUUGAUCUUCCUCAUGCACCAAAUGACACAGGUAUUUUUGUGACACGCAUCAAAGAGGAUGGUGCAGCAUUCAAAGAUCGCCGUCUUAAGGAAGGUGAUAAAAUUUUGGAGGUGAAUGGCAAGAACAUUGAGCGUGUGACACAUAAUGAAGCAGUGCAAAUCUUCAUAACAGCCGGAAAUGUUGUACGAAUGAAGGUGCAGCAUGGAGCAUAUGCAUACAUUAUGAAAAACAUUGAGGCAGGCCGUGGUUUUCAAAGAGGUUCAUCUUCCAAAAAAUAUAUUGCCUGUGCAGUGGUUUUCCUUGCAAUUGCUGGAAUUGGUGUAUUUGUGGUUCUUCGGCAAAGACAGCAGGCUUCUUAACUAUGUAAAAUCUGUAUAGAGCUCUGAGACUGUUGGCUGGAUGGUUGAAAGAAUCUACACUAUUUUCUUUUUUUUUCCCCCAAAAUGUGUAUAUAUACACACACAUAUUUUCAUCUAGAUAGGAAACUAAGUCCUGUUUCUCUGAUUUUGGAUCAGUGUCUUCUGUGCCUUUGUGGUACUCGGUUAUCUGAAAGCUUCAGUGACAUGAGCAUUACCAUUGUGUCAUUUUCCACAUCUUAUUCUUAUUGUCUGCUCAAAUAAAUUACAAAAAACAAGCAAGAACAUGCAUUAUUACUGCUACUGCUAAAGAGCUAGUUGAUGGUUCUAAUGGAACUAAAAUGUCUCCUUUUUCUGUGAGCAUAAUGUAUUUGUAAUAAAUUUUGAAUACCUUCAGUCUAAUAGGUUUGUAAAUGAACAAGUUAAAUUACUGAUAAAAAAAUGUUUGCUUUACAUAUGAAGGAAACCUGGAGAGAGGAAAGAACUGCUUCCAUUUUUGAAGGAAGCCCUAAAAAAUUAAUAAUGAAUUUUUGCGCUUGAUACACUAUAUUUAAUUUUCUCUUUCAGUAACAAGUAUAUCAGAAAAAUUUCCAGCUGUUAAAAUAUAUUAAUGACAUAAUGGUUGACCAAGUUGUGACGAUGAAUGCCAAUUUAAGAUAACAUGAAGAAUAACUUUUUUCCUAUGAUGGUCUUUUGGACUGAAAUAUGCUAUAUCAGGUCUACUUCCUCAAGAUUUUCUCUUAUCUUGUUUAGUGGGAAACACGUUUUUGUUUCCCAUUGUUUAUACAGACCUUCUGUUGCCAAUUUGUGAAAUGUAUACUCUACUUCAGCAUUCAGUACUGGUCUUGUAAAAGUAUUUCAACAAGGACAAAGCUAUAAAGGGAAAUCAAACAUAGGCAUAACUAUUUGUCAGAAAACAGCUGUUGUCAAAGGCCAGGUUAUUUGAAUGUUCUGUCUGGAGGCUAGCCACUUGUGCAAAGUGAUUUAAUGAUUCUUGGAGGUUUUCUUAAUAUCUUGUUAAUCUAAAGGAACGCAUUAACAUAUCAGCAAAUUUUACUGCAUCUGCAUUUGGUUUUCCCCAGUUAAAAAGGUGUGCAAGUAGAAUAUGAGGAAAGGCAUUCUAAGCUAGCAACUAUUUCUUAAGGAUGCCAUGCUUGUAGGUAUCUGUUAAGAGGUUUCCUAUUCUGAUUUAUACUGAAAGUGGCAAACUGAAAAAAGGAUUUUGCUUGUGCUUUGUACAAAGUAUUGGUAUUCGCUGAGAACAGUUUUAAAAGAUUCUGUUAUUUAAAACCUGUAAUAUUUAAAAUUUUAUUUGGCAGCAAAAUAUAAAAGAUGUCGGUAACUCUUGUUUAUUUAUUUUAAACCAUUUAGAAUUUAUUUUUAGUUUUCACAUUACAUUAAAUAUACAUGCAAUAUUUCCCAUCAUCAUAUCCUGGCAUUAACUAUAUCCACUUACCAAAGAAGUGAUAAAAUUCUUGUUGCAGCAGCAUAUGGUUUUGCUUGCAUAGUGUAUAAUGAAUCAAAUGUGUGGUGAUAAUGCAAGUUAGUGCUGUAAAUGUGUUCACCUUUACCCUGUAAAGCCGACCACUGCUUUGCGUAAGUUUCAAAACUGCCUGCAACCCAUGAACGUUUAAUUAAGCCUGAAAGCAUUUUAUUCAUAGAGGGAGGAAAUUCCUAGUGAUAUAAAUUAAUUUAAAUAACAGCAGCUUUGCUGUUCAGGUUUGGAACAGGUGUGUCAUCAUCUUGUGUUGUGAAAUCUAGCACUUUAUCGUAGGGUACACAUGCAUCAGGAACUGCACUCAUUUGCAUAUUAUGUAUUAUAAACAACAACAAAAAACCCCAACUUAAGUGCAUGCAUAGUCAACCAGAAUAAUUUUCCACUGUAUUUUGCAUGAUGUUUGAACAUUUAUCUGCCUCAGUUAAAUUGAUUUUAAAAAGUGCUAAAAGCAAACAUUUCAAGCAUGUUGAUAUUUGUGUAGGUGGAUUGAUCAUUUUUUAAAUUUCAGCAUUGAUGAUUUUCAUUACCUCUGCUUGCAGUAAUUCAUUGGUAAUGAUUGGUUUGAUGCAUGUAGAAAGAAACUGUUCUGUUUUUACUCAUAAUGCUCAUUGCAACUGCCUUAUUAAGAACCAGAGUAUGAUCAUGUUUUCGCUUGCAGUAGAGAAUGAAGACCUUCAGCAAGAUAUGCUGACUGGUCUUUUUUUUUUCUGCUUACAUGUGUAUGGCAUCACUAAAGUUAGUGGUGGAUGGUGUAAUGUCUACAUUUUCCCUUUGCAUCAUUAUUAAUUAUGGCAGAAAAUGUAAAAUUUUCUCUCAUGCCAAAUGGUGUGCUGGUGUAGCUGAGGAAAGCCAUUUAAAUUUAGUGUUAAUACACUGAAGAUGAGCCACUUUAGAAAUGUAAAGUGUUUGACUCUAUAAUGCUUCUGUAUUUUUAGUCUUGAGAUAUAUAUAUACAGACUAACAUAAUGGUAGAACAGGAUUAACAGUCUUAGUUUAUUAUCAGCUCAUGACCUGAUGUUGACUUUAGGUGGCAUCAUGAUUAGUGUGUUGCAGAAACAAUUAUAUAUAUAUAUUUUUUAA